GGUAGUGGCACUCGCAAAAAGUGCCACAGUCCCGCCGCAAGCUCCGUCCUAUUUGUUUUGGUAAUGUCCAAGAAUCGCGGUCAGUAGAAAAACGCGAGUGUCGCGGAAUGUCAGCGGCGCCGGUGUCGCGGUGUCGCGAGUGUGCAGUGUCGGUGAUGUAGUGUCGGCGGGAGAUGUCGCGGGCGACAACAUGCUCGCCGUCCGCCAUGCGAAGUACCUGGGCUCGUUCCCGGUGUCCGGCGGCGAGCCGGCGGCGCGCGGCGACCAGGUCUCCGCGCAUCUACACCUCAUGAAGGAGAACGGGCGUGCGGUCCCAGUGCUGGUGGUGGUCGCGCUCUCGGGGGUCAAAGUAUGCGACCCCGACGACCAGAGCGUGCGCAUGUACCACGCGCUGCGCCGCAUCUCGUACGCGACGUGUGAGGCGACGCGCGCGCUCUUCGCGCUGGUGGCGCGCGAGCCGCGCUCCGAGCCGCCGCACCACUACUGCCACGCCUUCCAGACCGACACGCCCGACCAGGCGGAGGAACUGAACUCGCUGGUGGGAGAUGCUUUCCGAAUGGCGUUCGCCUCGCAGCUGCAGCCCUCCGCGCCGCUCUGGAGUAAGGAGUUGAGCGGCAGCGACUGUGGCAUGGUGCGCGCGCCCGACUCGCUGCCCGGCCUCACGCACCACUAUUGUAGUGACAGGUCCCCAGCGAAAUGCAACAUAAUGGGAGUAUCGAAGCUGGUGAACGAGCCGAGCCCCAGCAGCUCGGAGGAGUCCAACUCGCCCACGGAGCUGAACUGCUACCGGCGGCUGGGCGAGCGGCCGCCGCUCAUGAAGCGCCUCGCCAUGGGGCUCAGCGGCGCGCUGCUGCAGCCCGAGGACGACGACUCUACGCCGCUCGUCGCCGAUACACCCACCACGCCCACAAACCUCCCGCUGUGCAUGAACGGUGGCUACAUAAACGAGGCGUCCGAGUCAGAGGCUCGCGCGCGGGAGGCGCCGCCCGCCGUGCCAGCCGCGCCGCGCCGGCAGGACUUGCUGCCAGAGCUCGAUGCUGACUUCAGGAGGUGUACCAAUAUGAAGAAUAGUGAGUCGGUGACGUGCAGCCGCACGACGUCGUCGUCGUCGGGCGCGUCGUCGUGCGGCGGCGCGCCCGCGCACUGCGCCGUGCCGCGCGCCGAGCCCGAGCUGCGGCACGCGCCCUGGUUCCAGCACGGCAUUCCUAGAGAGAUAGCGUUGGAGGUGCUGGGCGCGGCGCCGGUGGGCGCGUUCCUGGUGCGCGGCAGCACGACGCAGGCCGGCUGCUUCGCGCUGUCGCUGCGCGUGCCGCGGGACUUCACGCGCGCCGGCAUCGCGCACUACCUCAUACUCAGGACGCCCAAGGGAUACAAGAUUAAGGGUUUCACAAAAGAGUUCUCAUCCCUGAUGGCGCUGGUGACGCACCACAGCGUGAUGCCGGAGCUGCUGCCGGUGCCGCUGCGCCUCGCCCGCAGCCCACGCGCAGCGGCGCGGCGCGACCACGCCGACCUGGACGCGCUGCACGCGCCGCACGCGCCGCCGCCGCCGCACCGCGCGCCCGCCGCGCACACGCAACAUCAGCACCACUUCCUAGCGCAGCUCGAUGUCUAACACGCAGCCUAUAGCAGCCUGUAGCCUACAAUACCUGGGUAUUUCUGAUUCUCUUUCUCUGAUUUCAUUUCAAUUCAUUCCAUUAUACAUAAUAUGUACUUCGAUUUAUUAUGUUUUUAAAGUGAAAAUUUUGAAUGAGUAGACUUUUUGAUUGGGUACCCAUCUGAAAAAAUAUACAUCCAAACCUGUGGAUAUUAUGUUCCGAGGAUAUAAACCUAAUUGUAUGAGAGGUAGACUGCGGCUGAGUGUGUGGUAUGGUGCAACAGUGCAUAUUAUGCAGACUAGCUUAAAGAACAAUCGCAUAUCUGUGGCUUCGAUCAAUAUUCCUUACUUAACUCAGUGCAUUAAGGUAUUGUCAACGAUUUCACCUGACCACAGUGAUAAAACAAUAUGGAAAAAUACUAUAGCAGUAACUUUACACUGUGAACAAAAAAUUGGUGAAAAAGUUAAUACAUAGUUAAACGCACAUAGAUUUAAUACCGAAAUCACAAUAACUCAUUUAAUAUAAACACUACAAUGAUAAUAUCUUCGUAUUCAAAUAACUAUUCACUGUUAUAUUAAAGUCAAAAAUAUAAAGAUUUCUAUAUCAUUGAGUAAAGAAAUUAUCUAAAAUAGUCAUGUUUAAGGAGUCAUUAAAUUAUUGUAUGUUGUCUAGUAACUGUUGGUAAGUUCUCUUUUGUAAGAAUAAUGUGAUAAAUAUCAUACUUAGGACGUGUACGCAAAUGUAAAAAAGGUAUAUUUGUAAAAAUAAAAUGUGUAUAUGGAUUGUAAUUAUUAGAAGAUUCGUGUCAUAAUCAUAGUUUAUAUUAUAGCUAUAGAGAAGGAAAUGCGCAUUGUUUGAGUUAUACCGUGACAUCGAUGUUAAUACUAAUUAGACAUGGCAUAAUAGAGAAGAAAUCCUGAUAUUUUACUUAAGAAGUACCUACUAUAUACAACAUUUUAUCAAUACAAAUAUUGAUUAAGUUUCAAGCGAAAUAUCCCAGAGAUACUCUAUAACUUGGUUAACUUCAUACUGUACCCAUUACAUGGAUUUGUCGUCUACUUGGUAUAACAUCGUUGUAAUGGAUUUCCAACUAGUUUGCGCUUGUGUUACGUUAACGUUGUGUAGGUAUGUUCUAGUCUAAUGAGAUGUACAGAUGUGUGCGCACGGUUUGUUUCACGAAUAAUACCACACAUGUUAUAAUUAGUUCUACUAGAUUGAGUAAUGUGUUAUUUAUGUUUUGUGUUGUUGACACCACGGAUUCGUGUAUUUAUGUAACUUAAUAAUACGCACAAAGAAAAUUACAUCAAUAACUAAAAGCUGUUCCCUUUAAUAAUUAUUAUUUAAACGUCUUCGUCACUAUCAUAUCUGUUUCUAGAAAUAUCUAAUUGAUAGAACAAGUAACAUGUAUUAUUCCAUCUAAUAUCAAUUAUGUAUAACACCCUUUAUUUACUGCAAUUUACGUAAAAAUACGUGGUGUGAACAAUACGAGAACAUUUGCAAUAAUGUAAGAGUGGUGAUGGGCGCGACGCCCGCCGGUGUAUAUUGUAAACAAGUUGCCUUUUAGCGAGUACACUACGGCUUCGCAGUUCUGGUCUACAGGCAUACAGACAACAUAGAAGUAUAACAUAAUACGUAUUCCACUAUAGUUUGCGCCAAAGAACUUCGCUAUUCUGACAUUAGCCAUUUUACUCCUUGCUAAUUUGUAAGAUCUUGGCUUGUUCGAAGUUCGCUACUAUUGACUUCACAACAGCCAUAAAAUAUGAAAAAAGUACUUCUGUGCACGCAAGAGGCGUUAAACGUCUUACUUCAGAGUUGCAAAUUUUUUUUGUGCGAACUGUAACGGUAGUACCUUUUUGUAUAAAAAAUCUACUAAAAACCACCCCUGCUUCAAAAAUGAAAAACUAAAUGAUAACUGGCUAAGUGCAUAAAAGUAUGUCUGUACGUCUGUAGCUCACACAAAAUGUUGAUUGUUAUACACUGCCUUAGUACGAGACGUUUGUAUAAACAUAACGAUAUCAGUAGUUUAGUCUGUUGAUGUUAUCUGUAACUCGCCAUCUCAUCUUCACUAACAUAGGAACGUUACGAUGGCUUUCUCUUUAUAUGGCAACACUGGCACUUACUCAGAUUCAUAUUUAUUUAACUGAUGCAUUUAAUGUUACUCUUAUAAUAUUCUGGCUGUACGGUAAUAAUCUUAAAGACUUAGGUUUUCUAACAGUACUACAUUAACAUUUUCUUUAAAUGACUUUAUCAUUUAAAGAAAACAACAAUUUUAACAAGUCAACCUACUAAAAAAAAUGUAUUAUUUAUGAAUUUACAUAAAGAAACUACUUAAAUCUUUUGAUACUGUGUACUGUUCUAAAUUAACUUGCGUUUUACAAAAGUAUGUUUUGAGGCCCAAAGCAAAGUGGUCAAAUCGGUAGGUACAUCACAGACUUUGUCUUCAAAAAAUAGUUUUGUAAAUCUUGUAUAUUCUAGACACAUUCAUAUUCAUGUAUCGCAGAAAACUAAGUUAAUAAUUUAAUUAAAGCAUGAAUUUUCGCUUUCAUCUGUUUUCCUGAUUUUUUUUUU